AUGUCUGUUGACCUAUGCCACAACAACGUCACCCUGACAAAAAACGCAACCUAUCUCAUCGAGAACGAAGUCAGCGAUGGAUUUAAUCUGCUUCGCUUGUCUCCGUAUUGGUGCAGCUUCUUCAGUGCUUUGAUAACCAUCGUAAUUGGCCUCCUUAUCAGUCGGUUAACAGGUGGGCACAAGAACUACAAAAAACACAUUCAUCUCACAAGUCCAUUUUUCCUUCGCUUUUGGAUGAGAACAAAGUUUAUUUCUGAAGAGGACCUUAUGAAUGUGUCCUUUAUUCCGGGCGAAGAGGAGGUUACAUAUUCGCUCAGUGAACAAAAUACGACUGGAUCUGGUUUUGCUGUAGUCAGAUAUCCGCUCAAGCCACAAGAGAAGCCAGCUCGUCAAAAUCACCUGUGGAUUUGUGAAACGUGA